ACCCGUCAACCUAAAACCCAUUUCGUGUCGCGAAAAAUUCUGAAAAACUCAGAAUUCUCCGUCUCUCUCGUUUGUAGUGAAAAUGAUUUUGCUCGACUGAUAUUCGCCAAUCGCCACCGUGUUAUUGAAUGUUGAUAUAAUAGUUCUAUGUACGUGUAAACCCGUGUACACCGCACUAGUACUACUGUAGUCUGUGCGCACGGUAACCGUCCCGGGUGAUAUAAGUACCACUAAUAAUAUUAUUAAUAUAAUUCUUGUCAGUUUUUGUUUUUGUUUGUAUUAGAUUAAUAAUAAUAUUGUUUUUCGUAUUUGAUAUAAAUAAUUUUUUAAAUCUUUAACAUAUUUUACUCUUUCUAUCGUUUGCUUUAUUUAUUACCCGUCGCCGCCGCCGCCUCACGCUAUCAUUUCACAGACGACAACACAGCCGUGUCGCGCUCCCUCGAGUCAGUGGGUGUUAGCUGUGUGUGCGCGCGUGUAUCGUUCAGAAAUCGUGUGUUUUGUCGGGUUCCUGUGUACAACGCAUCGGUGCGAUUAAUUGUUUUCCAUCAAGUCUAUCGGCAACGACAACUACAAUCAAUUUCACCAGCCACUAAACGAACACCGAUGUUGUCGCAAGAAUGAGUGUUGCUGUGCGUUCAAUGUGGCUCCCAGUCAAAUGGAUAGGGACAAUGUGACUGCUAUGGAAACUGAUAAAAUAGUCGAUGACGAUAUCGGUAGUCCUCAGUAUCCACCAAUGACGAUCUUAUACGAUCCAACAAUUAGAAAAGAUUCCACAACCAAUGGUGUUACAUCACCGCAAUUUGCCACCGAACAAGAGCUGUGUCUUAUGUACUUUGAUAAAUGGAGCGAACAGCAUCAAAUCGACUUUGUCGAACACCUAUUGGCACGCAUGUGUCACUACCAACAUGGACACAUCGACACAUAUCUAAAACCUAUGCUACAAAGAGACUUCAUAUCACUCUUACCCAAAAAAGGCCUAGACCAUGUAGCUGAAAAUAUUUUAUCUUACCUUGAUGCCGAAUCUUUGUAUGCUGCAGAGUUGGUAUGUAAAGAAUGGUAUAGGGUAAUUUCAGAAGGUAUGCUUUGGAAAAAGUUAAUUGAACGAAAAGUACGCACAGAUUCAUUAUGGCGGGGACUUGCUGAACGAAGAGGGUGGAUUCAGUACUUGUUCAAACCAAAGCCAGGUGAACACCACCCAGAUCACUUCUCCUACAGGGCUCUGUUUCCUAAAAUUAUACAAGACAUAGAAAGUAUAGAAUCAAAUUGGCGAACUGGCCAUUUUCUAUUACAAAGGAUAAAUUGCCGUUCAGAAAACUCCAAAGGUGUAUACUGUUUACAGUAUGAUGACAAUAAAAUUGUGUCAGGUUUACGUGAUAAUACCAUAAAAAUAUGGGAUAGAAAUACAUUACAAUGUGUUAAGGUAUUAACUGGCCAUACCGGGUCAGUUUUAUGUUUGCAAUAUGACGACAAAGUGAUUGUAAGCGGUUCCAGCGAUAGUACAGUUCGUGUAUGGAACGUUGCUACAGGUGAAAUGGUCAAUACUCUAAUACACCACUGUGAAGCAGUUUUACAUUUAAGGUUUAGCAACAAUAUGAUGGUCACUUGUUCAAAAGAUCGAUCAAUAGCUGUUUGGGAUAUGGUUUCAACUAGUGAAAUGACUUUACGUCGUGUCUUGGUUGGUCAUCGAGCUGCAGUAAACGUUGUUGAUUUUGACGAUAAAUACAUUGUAUCAGCUUCUGGUGAUCGUACCAUUAAAGUAUGGAAUACAUCAAGUUGUGAGUUUGUGCGUACCCUUAAUGGUCACAAACGUGGUAUUGCCUGUCUUCAAUAUAGAGAUCGAUUAGUAGUUAGUGGAAGUUCUGAUAAUACCAUCAGGUUAUGGGAUAUUGAAUAUGGUGCUUGUUUGAGAGUACUUGAAGGUCACGAAGAACUGGUACGAUGCAUUAGAUUUGAUAGUAAAAGAAUUGUCAGUGGCGCAUACGAUGGGAAAAUCAAAGUAUGGAAUUUAGUAGCAGCUUUAGAUCCCAGAGCUCCAGCAUCUACUUUAUGUCUACGUACACUAAUGGAGCAUUCGGGACGAGUGUUUCGACUCCAGUUUGAUGAGUUCCAAAUAGUCAGCUCUUCACAUGAUGAUACUAUUCUUAUUUGGGACUUCCUCAACUAUAAUGAUACAAAUAAUUCAGCAGCAGGUACAUCAAAUAACGUCUUGCAUGAUGGUUCUAAUGCACAUGCAAAUGACACCCUUCCUCUUUUACCUCCUGGUUUUGAGUAACCUAUUGGGCUAGUCAUAUGUAACUGACUGGAUCAGGUUCAUGUAUAAUAUACAGAACUCGUCUUAAAUCACUAAAGAUGGUAAAACAAUAUUCUAUCACAUCUUGUUCUCAUUUUAUUUAUUUAUAUAUAUGUACAUGUAUAUAAUAGUAUAUAUUUAUGUAUGUAUAACAUAAUUAAUAACUACAAAAACGCCCAAAAUAACUGUGCCAAUGUUCAGAUGUUCUCUAUUACCCUUAUAUGUAGGUACACUUGAUGUUUCUCAUUUUAAAUACACUAUA